UCCAAUUCCAAGAAACUUCUCGUCCGCUCUCACUAGUAAACCCGCAGCCCCAUUCUUCGUUUGACCACCGCAUAAUCUCUCUCUCUCUCUCUCUCUCUCUCUCUCUUUCCCUAGAGCCCUACUGUGUCAUUUGUAGACUGUUCUUCUCUCUGUUUCAGUCCAACUCUCUCUCUCUCUGUUCGUCUUCGUAUUGAUCCAGACGAACAGAGAAAUAAAGUUAACUUUUUGAUUGAUUUAUUGUUCAAUUUCAUCGUUUUACUUUUCUUUGAGGGUUUUGAUUUUUUUGGGGGCCGAAGCGAUGGGCUCAGAGGACGAUCCGGAUAUUCUUUUUCGCAACGGCCGCUUCUGCGCGCCCGGGUUUCGGUUCCAUCCCACAGACGAGGAACUCGUCGUCUACUAUCUGAAGCGCAAAAUCUGCAAGAAAAGGCUCAAGUUGAAUGUCAUCGCCGAGACCGACGUCUAUAAGUGGGACCCUGAGGAACUUCCUGGAUUAUCCCUAUUGAAAACUGGUGACAGGCAAUGGUUCUUUUUCAGUCCGAGAGAUCGGAAAUACCCUAAUGGGGGAAGAUCGAACAGGGCGACCAGACAUGGGUAUUGGAAAGCUACAGGAAAGGAUCGUAACAUUACAUGUUAUUCACGGUCUGUUGGUUUGAAGAAGACCUUAGUGUAUUAUAAAGGCCGCGCACCUAGUGGGGAGCGCACUGACUGGGUGAUGCAUGAGUAUACCUUGGAUGAGGAAGAGCUCAAGAGAUGCCGGAAUGUACAGGAAUAUUAUGCUCUCUAUAAGGUUUACAAAAAAAGUGGACCUGGUCCCAAAAAUGGAGAGCAAUAUGGGGCUCCAUUUAGAGAGGAAGAAUGGGCUGAUGAUGAAUUACCUGUAAUCAAUAGCUCUGCUGAUCGCCAAAUCCCAGUGAAGCAAUCUGUGGGUGUUAUUUCUGUUGAUCCUGUGAAAGUUAAUGGUGAAGUCCAUUCUGCACUAAGCGACAUCGAGGAGUUCAUGAAACAGAUUGCUGAUGAGGCUGUGCUUGAGCUGCCACAAAUGAAUGGUUACGCUUACACCAUACCUCAGGCUGUGAGUGAAGAAGAGACCCAAAGUACUGUGGUUGAUCUGUACUCCAGGGAAGUUGUAUGUCCAGAACCUAACACAGUGUUUAAUCCAAGUGAUCACCAAUGCAAUCUGCAGGCAAGCUUUGACUUCACACAAUCAGAUACAUCCCAAAUACAACGGUACGAGGCAUCUGAAGUCACCACAUCUGCUCCUGAAAUUCAUGAGCAGGGCCCUCCCAUACUUCGUGAAGAAGAUUUCUUGGAGAUGGAUGAUCUCCUUGGUCCUGAACCUACUAUUUCAAACAUUGAGAAUCCUGUGGAUAACUUGCAGUUUGAAGGGAUAGAUGGAUUAAGUGAAUUUGACUUGUAUCAUGAUGCAGCCAUGUUUUUUCAUGAAAUGGGGCCUUUUGAUCAAGGAACAGUCUCUCAUCAGCAGUACAUGAAUUCGCUGGGGAAUAAUAUUGUAGAUCAGUUUGAAUAUCAGUUACAACCCAAUCCACCAGCUGUAAGCCAAGUUAACCAUCAGCUGAAUCCUGAAUCAACUCAGAUGAACAAUCAGCUGUGGACACAUACUGAAAGAGCAGAACCAAAUCAGGGAUUUCUCUCGUAUUCAACCUCAGGUGUGGUAUAUGAACCUUCAAACUUUGCUUCCCAAGCAAAUCAAAAUCAAAGCGGCAAUGAGGCUGCUGGUGGUCCAAGUCAGUUCUCUUCUGCUCUAUGGGCCUUUGUGGNNNUACCUACUACUCCUGCAUCUGCUUCAGAGAAUGCUUUGGUGAAUCGGGCUUUUGAACGAAUGUCUAGCUUUAGCAGGUUGAGAAUAAAUAGCGUUAGUGCUAAUGUCACUGCAGGUGGUAGUUCUGAAGCUAAGAGGGCAGGCAGAAAGAGAGGUUUCUUCUUCCUUCCAGUUCUUGUAGCACUUUGUGCCAUUUUUUGGGUUUUUAUGGCAACUCUCAGACCAUGGUGGAGAUGCCUCUCCGCUUGAGUCUUUAAUUGGGAAGUUUUGCUGCUAUAUAUAUUCAUCAUGGUGAAAUUGAUGGAAAACCAUUAUGGAAACAUAGAAUUUCAAUUAUCUAUAUAAUUUUUAUUGUAAAGGAUGAAUUUUCCUCCUCUCUCUCUUGUAAAUAGAAAAUUCUAGAUAUAACUUGCAGGCUAUUGUGUUUCA